CGAGGAGGAAGAAGCCUCCGGUUAACCCUGCAGUGCGGGGCUGUGUGGUUCUCCUCUCAGCUGGGAGAUGGAGCAGCUCGUCUGGAUGGGGAUCUGCGGCCUCUUCGUCACCUGCACUGGAGCACAGAACAUUUCAAGACCUUCUUACCUGGUCUCAGUUCCCAGAGUAAUUCGCAUCGGGACGCCCAUCUCACUCUCAGUCACUGUCUUCACCGAGUCCCCGGUCCGAGUGACCGCUGAGCUCUUUAACGGCAUCACCAGCUUGCGUCAGACUGAGAAAACGUUUCCAGCAGGAUCUACUGGGCUUCAGAUUCUCCCCCCAAUUCUGGGCGCUGACCUGAUUUCCCAGAGUAACUAUACUUUGGCUGUCAGUGGCUUCAUUGGGGAGAAUGUGGUUUUCAGCAACACAACGGUGAUGAAAUUUAUACCCAAAAUCUCAUCUACGUUUAUUCAGACGGACAAAUCUGUCUACAAGCCGGGACAAGCGGUGAAAAUUCGGGUGGUGUCAGUUUACCCAGAUGGAAAACCAAGCAGGAGCAAUGUUAAUAUUGUCAUUAAGGAUCCCAAGGGAAACAUGAUCCAGCAGUGGCCCUCACUGGACAGCUUUCUGGGGGUCGUGUCCAGGGAGUUCCAGCUGACUAAAACACCCCCCCUUGGCAUGUGGACUGUUGAGGCUUCGGUUAAUGACAUUUCGACGGAAAAGACCUUCACAGUCGACUAUUAUGUGCUUCCGGCCUUUGAUGUGGUGGUGCAGGCUCCCGCUAUCACCUACUACGGAGCCAAUCUAACAGGAAAUGUCACUGCGCAACACAGCUACGGGAAGCCGGUCCAGGGCACGCUGACCAUAACGGCCAGUCUGUCCCACCAUGGAAUGGCCAUGACUGCUAGCAAAACUAGCGAGAUCAAUGGUUCUGUCCGGUUUGUAUUCAAUAAGAAGGACUUUUUUCAUAGUUAUACCAGUGGUCAAGGAUCGAUGGGUCCCUUUCCAUUUAAAAAUGAGGCAAAAGUUUAUGUCACAGUCACUGUCACAGAGACCUUGACAGGAUUAAGAAGCAAUGCUACAUCAGAAGUGACUGUUGUCCAAAGCAGGUACCACCUUUUGUUUUAUGGACAUCCCAGGACCCUUAACCCAUCUUUAAACUUUUCCACUUACCUGAAGAUCUCGUCAUAUAAUGGGGAACCAAUAGAGCGGAUGAGGAACGUGACGGUGACUGUGACACAGCACAAGGGUCCCGGUCCUGGCAGCUGGAGGCACGAGGGGUCAUUUGGGUUCAACAGCUCCUUCCUCCAGGACGAGCAUGUGACACAGGAGGCUGUGGAGCUGACAUUUCAGGACGCAGAGGGCUCUCCUCUCUCCAUGAGCUUCCCUGUCCCAGAGGACGGGGUCAUACCCAUUCGCUUUCAGCUGUUAGAAGAUGUGACCUCUCUUACAAUUCAGGCUGAUUUCCAAGGGAACCAUAAAAUUUUGCAAGUGUUCAGAAGUUCUUCCUCCACCAGCAAAUUCUACCUGCAGUUAAGCAGAACUAAUGCUCAUCUUGAGGUUGGAAUUCCCAUUAAUUUGGUUGUACAAAGCAACUUUCUGCUAACCGAGGUUCACUAUUUGGUCAUGUCCAAAGACCGGCUGCUGGAUGGCGGGAGGAAGACUGCAGCCACUUUCUCUCUGCUUCCCAGGGCCUCCUGGGCUCCCGUCGCCCGUGUCACUGCGUAUGUCGUUUGCCCCACGGGGGAGGUGGUCAGCGACACUCUGAUGAUUCCUGUUGCCCAGACGCUGAGAAACAAUGUGUCUCUGGGCUGGAGUCUAACAAGGACAAAACCAGCGGGGAAGGUGGAGCUCAGUGUGCAUGUAUCUGAACCUGGGUCUCUAGUCGGUAUUCUGGUGGUUGACAAGGCAACCGAUUGGCCCAAAUCUGACAAUGACAUCAGCAAGUAUAAGGUUCUGGAGAAGCUGGAAUCGGCUGCAUGCAGCGGGGAUGAUAUCGAUAGUCCAUCCGGCGUAACGAUGACGGGCGACGCCAACUGCGUUUCCAUGGUGUGUAACCUGGUGGUUUUGACAGAUGGCUGGAUGUCCAGAGCGAAGGACCACGUUAAAGCCAAAUUACCAGUCAGAGGGAAAAGCCUUCAGGAGGAUAGUAUGACCGCACCAGUGCCCCGGGUUCGAAGGCGCUUCCCAGAUACCUGGCUCUGGCUGAACGCCAACAUGAGUGUAUCUACAACAGCGAGUUUCUCAGUCUCAGUCCCAGACAGCAUCACAACCUGGAUCGCCACCGCAUUCGUCGUGUCUGAUAACCUGGGCUUAGGGAUCAUCGACUCUCCUGCAAAGCUCGCAGUUUUCCAGAACUUCUUCCUGUUCCUGGUUCUCCCAGCUUACAUCAUCCGAGGAGAACAGCUAAUUCUAGAGGUCAUCGUGUUUAAUUACAUGGAACAGCAACUUGAGGUCUUAGUGACAGUAGCAGAGAACAAGUCAUUUGAGUUUAUAUUCAGAGACAAGAAUGGACCAUCGAUGGCCAACAUAAGGACAGUGUCUGUAGCGAGUUGGGAGAGUGCUUUGGUUCUCUUCCCAAUAAGACCGGAGGUUCUUGGAGAGAUCACAGUAUCUGUGAAAGCCGAGUCCUACAUUGGCUCUGAUGCCAUUGUUAGGAAAGUUCUGGUCAAGCCUGAAGGAACGGAGAAGUUGUUCACUAAGUCGCUGUUCCUUGAGAUGCCUCUGUCGGAAAACAGGCUGUCUGAGGAGGUAGUGUUCUCCUUCCCCGCAGAUGUGGUGCCGGGCAGCAAGAGGGCCCACGUGACCGUGGCUGGUGACAUUCUAGGCCCGUCGAUAUCGGGGCUGGACUCGCUUCUCCAGAUGCCCUCUGGCUGCGGGGAGCAGAACAUGAUCAACUUUGCUCCCAGCAUCUACGUGCUGCAGUACCUGACCAAAGCCGACCGAGGAGAACCCAUAAAUGGAGAACCCAUAAAGGAGGACAUUCGGCGCAGAGCGCUGACAUUCAUGGAGCAAGGCUAUCAGCAGCAGCUGACCUAUCAGAGGCGGGAUGGGUCCUUCAGUGCUUUUGGAGACAGUGACUCUGCGGGCAGUACUUGGUUGUCUGCCUUCGUGCUGAGGGCCUUCCUGCAGGCUCGGUCCUUCAUCCCCAUCGAUCAGAAGGUGCUGUCUGGCAUGGCGACCUGGCUGGUCCAGCAGCAGGAGGCCAGCGGGUGCUUCGGUGAGCCGGGGAGAGUGACUCACAGCGAGCUACGGGGGGGGCUGGACGGCCCCACCUCCCUGACAGCCUACGUACUGAUGGCACUGCUGGAGGAGCCAGCGUACAUGAACAUCUACUCAAGUCAGGUGUCCAGUGCUCGGAUGUUUCUAGAAACCAAGCUGGGACUUGGGAUCUCCAGCAACUACAGCCUAAGCCUGGUUGCCUACGCCCUGUCUUUGGCUAAGAGUCCCAAGGCUGAAAUGGCGCUGAUGGAGCUGAUGAGGAGAGCAGACGUACACGAUGGCAUGAUGUCUUGGAGCUCCUCAAAAGUGCCGCUGCCUGACUCCUGGCAGCCACAGUCCGUGGACAUAGAAAUCGCCUCCUACGUGCUGCUCACCCUUUUCAUGAGGGCGAAGGUCAUGGAAGGAAUCCUGCUUUUGAAGUGGCUCUGCCAACAGAGGAACCAUCUGGGAGGGUAUGGCUCUACGCAGGAUACAAUAAUGGCCCUGCAUGCCCUGUCAUAUUACGCACCUUUGAGCGGUGCGGAUUCCAUCAACACCACAAUCCAAGUGAAAAGCACUGCCUCACGCACCGCGGCCACCUUCCACGUCGACUCCAGCAAUUACUUACUGCACCAGAGUGAAGAGAUUGAAACAAGCAAAAGCAUGCGUCUGGCCGUUUCGAUGGAGGGACGAGGAUUUGCCUUGCUUCAGUUGAAUGUGUUCUACAAUGUAAAGAAUGAAGAAGCGUCCAGCAAACACAAAGAUGGUACAGGAAUGUAUGCUUUCCAUUUGGAUGUUGUUGUCAACAGCAGUAGAAUGGACCAGCUUACCCUCUCUGUCUGUACCAGCCUGUUGGAAAGCCAGAAGAUUCCUCGGACAGACAUGGUGCUGAUGGAGGUCGGCCUGCUCAGUGGUUUUACCCUGAGUGACGAAGGAAUUGCGACCAAUGAUCUGAUCAGAAGGGUGGAAACACAGCCAGGAAAAGUCAUUCUUUACCUGGAUUCUGUGACCACAUCACAAGUAUGCGUAGAAAUCUCCACAGUGAGGAGCUUCAAAGUGGCUCUUGUACAGGAUGCCAAUGUCAUCAUCUAUGAUUACUACGAACCCCGCAGGAGAGCGAUGAGGACCUACAACGCCCCAACGUUACGCAGCCUGCCCACAUGCUCCUUCUGCGGUCUGGACUGCCAUCUGUGCCGCCCCGCUAUGCUCCGCCCAUCCAGCACAGCACCUGCAGCAAGUGCCUCCCGGCCACCUCUGAUUGGCUGCCCAACAGCCCUCUUUGUACUCUUCCUGCUUCAGCUCCCAAUACUGACCAAUGCAGUUUGUUAGACGCGUCCUGCCAUACAAAAUAUCAGCAUGCGUCACAAAUACUCUGCAUAAUGUAAGUCUAUCAAAAUCCAUCGUAUUGAUCAAAUGUUCAUUACCAUCAAUCUAAUCUCCUCAUGCACUAGUGUUUUAGUUAAUGUUUCACAGGUUUCCGUUUUAUAGCAUGAAAUAAGCGUUUUUUUAAACCUUCCUAUUUCAUCCGUCACUCUUCAAGGCGCUCAUCCUGCUUGGGGAUGAUUUGCAUCGCCAGCCCUGGAACUAGAAGUGGUUGUGCUACAUUUGUAACAUUAAAAUGCAGACGAUUAUAUUGCAGCAAAAAUGUCUGCAAAAUGAUCCUGUCAUUUAUAAGUAAAUGGAAAAUUUGUCAAUUUUUUUUUUUAAGCACAUAUUUCACUUAGCAAACUGACACACGUGUGUCCAGAUUUCAUACUUUUCAUACCUUUUCAUGCCUGGACCACAGAUGGUGUUAUGAUUAAGCACAGUGACUUAAAUGAAACACCAGGAGGAGUCUUGUUGUAACAAGGAACAUUCAGUUGUUGUGGUAUAAAACUUUCUGCUCUAUGAAUGGACGGAGGAUGACAUUUCUAUGACACGCAGAAGGAAACUCAACCUUGAAUGUUUGAAUUGAUUUUUUUAAAAUUGUUUUCUAUGAUAAA